AUGGACCUCGACGACCCCUGGGAGGACGAUCCACACCAGCACGACCACAGCAUCAGAGAGCAAGAAUGGACCAAAAUAUCCGAUUCAUUCACCAACUCGGGCUAUCGCGAGGGCAUCAUCGCGGGCAAAGAAGCUUCCCUCCAAGAAGGCUUUGACGACGGCUUUGCCUCCGUCGGUGCUCCCCUCGGCCGACAGCUGGGUCUCCUCAGAGGCACCGCGUCAGCCCUACUGUCCUACCUCUCCUCCUCCUCCCACGAGAUGGAUAACAACAUCUCAAAUGCAUCAUCUUCUGCGCUCGAAGAAGCACGCACCAUCUCCGCCGCGCUCGCCGACAUCCGCCUGUCCGAUAUCGCACCCCGUGACCUCGAGGCCGAAGAGCACGCCCGGGAGCACCUGCAGGACCAGAUGUCCGACGAGCCCAGUUUACCGGCGAUAGGCGAAAUGGAGGAACGGAAGAAGAUGGAGCAGCUCGAAGACAUGCUCAACCAGCUGACCGCGGGGUCCGCAAUUGCACCCGACCGGACCGUGCAAGACGUCGCGAAGCUUACUGAACGUCUGGAUCUUCUUGCUCGCUCGAUAGGCUUGAACUUUUCCGUAUAA